GAGCUGUUUUUCUUUUUUUCGGGGUGUUGUGAAUUCGUGGAGAGAAGAAGCCUGGAAGUGGGAGUUGUCGAGCCGAUUCGUUGAGCGUUUUGUCCGUCUGUUCCCACGGAGUACCACCGACACGCCAGGCACGGCUAUGCCCGGGAUAGAGAAGCUGCCGCUGGAGGAGGCGCUGGAGGACAGCCCGCAGACCCGCUCUUUACUGGGAGUGUUUGAGGAGGACACUGCAGCCAUCUCCAACUACUGCACCCAGCUGUAUGAGGCCAUGCACAGGAUUUAUGAUGCACAGAAUGAGCUGAGUGCAGCGACACAUCUGACCUCCAGACUGCUGAAGGAGUARGACAAACAGCGGUUUCCUCUGGGGGGCGACGACGAGGUGAUGAGCUCGACGCUGCAGCAGUUUGCCAACGUCAUCGAUGAGCUGAGCUCCUGCCACGCCGUCUUGUCCACCCAGCUCGCCGACGCCAUGAUGUUUCCCAUCACUCAGUUCAAGGAGAGAGACCUGAAGGAAAUCCUCACCUUGAAAGAAGUCUUCCAGAUAGCCAGUGAUGAUCACGACGUAGCCAUUAAUAGAUACAGCCGCCUGUCCAAGAGGAAGGACAACGACAAGACCAACCAGUGGGAGGACUUCCUGGGAACUAUAGGAACCAGCGUCCAGAACGUACGGCGGGAGAUGGAGGAAGAGGUGGGGCAGAUGCAGCAGACCAUCCAGCAGAUGGAGCAGUCAUGUGACCCCCUGUARGCGCCGUGCGACCCCGACCCCGCCCAGUCGCCCGUUUGUCGCAACCUCACCAGAAAGCAGGGCUACCUUUACAUCCGCAAUAAAACCGGCUUGGUGUCGUCYUCCUGGGAGCGUCGGUACUUCUUCACGCAGGGCGGGAACCUGAUGCAGCAGGGCCGGGGCGAGGUGGCGGGCGGCCUGGUCACGGACCUCGACAACUGCUCCGUCAUGGCCGUGGACAGCGACGACCGCAGGUURUGCUUCCAGGUCACCUCCUUCGACGGCAAGAAAGUGGUGACGCUGCAGGCGGAGAGCAGGAAGGAAUGUGAAGAGUGGAUCGCCACCAUCAACAACAUCUCCAGGAGGAUCUAUCUGAGCGAAAACGCUGAGGAYUUGGCGGCCAGAGUGAACCAAACGGCUCUGGAAGCGGUGACGCCGUCGCCGUCGUUCCAACAGAGACACGAGAGCAUGAGGCCCAGCAGUAAAGGGCGAACYGGCCGAGCGAGCAGCAUCAGCUCUGCGGGCUCCGAGCCGUCCCCCGCCCUCUCKGUCCUCUCGUUGGACGCUCUGGUUGCUCCGGACACGCCCAUCCAGUUCGACAUCAUCUCCCCCGUCAGCGAGGAGAACUCUGGGCAGAARAAGACGGCAGCGCCGCCCGGCAGACGGAGUAAUCCUUUCGGAGAGUCGGGGGAAAGCUCGCCAGAGGACAGUGAAGACUCCAUCCUCCACCAGCUCUUCAUCGUUCGUUUCCUCGGCUCCAUGGAGGUGAGGACGGCCGAGUCGACGGACGUCAUCUCUGAAACCAUGAGGCAGAUUCUGGCUGCCAGAGCCAUCCACAACAUCUUCAGGAUGACCGAGUCCCACCUGCUGGUCACCUGCGACUGCCUCAAGCUCAUCGACCCUCAGACUCAGGUCACUCGACUCAGGUUCCCUCUGUCCAGCGUGGUCCAGUGUUCGUCCCACCAGGACAACAAGAGGCUGUUUGGUUUCGUCCUGCAGGCGGCGGCGGCCGGGCGGGGCGACACUCGAGUCGUCUGCUACAUCUUCGAGUCCAACAACGACGGCGAGAAGAUCUGCGACAGCGUGGGUUUGGCCAAGCAGAUUGCCUUCCACUCCGAGAUGGGCCGUAAGGCGGAGGAGAAGAAGAAGGUGCAAGACAAGGCCAAAGAGAAACAGCAGGAGGAGCUGAGCAAACAAAGACAGAUAGAAAAGGAUCUUGAGGAACAGAGUCGCCUGAUCGCCGCCUCGAGUCGCCCCGCCAACCCCCCCGCCCCUGACGGACAGUUCCUGGUGCUCAGCAGCAGCCAAUCGGAGGAGAGCGACCCCGGCGAGGAGGGGAAGAAGAGGGGUGAGUCCGAAGCCUAACAAGCGCCUCGGAGGAUUUUGUUGUUUUCGGCCCCCCACCCCCCCAGACGAGUCCCGGACAAUUUCAGACCCCGAUAUCUGCUCAGGAAUCUUUGGAGAACACGGCACCGCCCGCCCGGGCCGCCUGAGGCUGAAAAACAAACGUUUCCUCUCUGCUGUGAUGGAGGGGUAAACCAAACGCACCCUUCGCUGUAGGAGGAGAAGAGGAAACUUUAACUUGUUUUAUUCUCUGCAAAAAAACAACAGAAAAACAAAAACCGCUGCUUUUAUAUUGAUUCACAAUGAAAAAAACAAAAACGUUCACUUUCAGUUAACCUGUAAUUUUCAUUUUUUUUAUUUUUUACUUUAUAAAUGAGCUAACACAAUAAAGAUGGAGGAUAAUUUAUCAGGUGUGCAGCGGGGAGAGAAACGGUUCCACAAAGAGACUGUUUGUUUGUAAAAACUGUUCAAAUAGGUUAAAUUAGAGAAGAAAGCACAGAGUUUUAUUUUGAAAGGGCCUUCCUGUUGUCAGACGCCUUGACGUUUAACCUGAAGAGGAAGUUUUUUUAAAUUUCUGUUCAUGUGUCGCUGGUUUUUAUUUUUAUUUUUACGCUUUAGCGACAAAAGUCCUCGCUGGAAUUUAAAUUAUUAGGAAUCUUUCAAGUAAGAAUAUAAAAAUGUCGCAUUUAAAGUAGAAAUUUAAAGUCCAGUCUGUACCUACGUAUCUUUAAAGACUUUUUUUUACCCAGAAACGUAGUAAAAACUCACCUCCAUAUUUAAACAAAAUUAAAUUUAAAAGUUGCUCUUUUGCCCUAAAAUGUAAAAAUACUCACAAACAUCAAUGGUUACUUUAUUUUAUUCAAAUAUUUUCAUCUUAAAGUAGGUUUAAACAACCAGGAUAAAUUGAUCUUUCAGUUAGUUUUUCAUAAUCUGAGCAGCGUUUUGUUUUUUCAGUGGCCCAAAACGACUCUGGAGCUUUUAUUUUGACAUUUCCUGCGAUUUAUUACGUCUUUAGUUUGUUUGUCACGAGUUCCUUUUUAUAUCAAGCUUCAGUUCUUCACUAACUUUUGACACACUUGCUUUUUGAAACUGCUUAAAGCUGCCAAAAUUCCCCUGAAUACUAAAAUCCAGACGUGGAAAAACACUAAAGAGGGAAAAUCUUACAUUUAUUUUGUGAAGAAACAUCACUGCCAUAAAGGAGCUGAAAWAAUCUCACUAAAUGUUGAGUUUGUUUCUGUCGGUGCCAAAUUUUACAUCUYCGGUCAUUUAUUUGUGUCAGACAGAUUAGGAUUAUAAAAAAUAAGUUUCAUUUCUUCUCUGGACUUCCUUCACUUCAUCACAGAACACUCAGACUCUGAAAUGGAUUUUUAAAACCAAUAUUAAAGGAAAUAAAACAAUAUUUUGGCAAAAUUCUGACAGGUUUGCUCUUUGAAAAAAAAGAAAACUAAAUUUAUUUUAUAUCCGAUGGGGAACAAAAACACUGAAGUAAAAAACAUAAAACUGUUUUAAUAAAAAAAAACACUAAAAGACUCCAGACAGCACAUUGAUUCUUAAGUUUUUUUGUUUGUUUUGUUUUUUAAUUAUGGACAGUGUUUUUGGGUUCUUAUAAUUGAAUUACACCAAUUAAAUGUUUUUAUUAUUACAGUUAAAACUCACAGGUCUGGAUUUAAAGCUUUAACUUUUAAAACCCUAAAUAAAUAUCAAAAGUUAGACUUUUUAGAUAAAUUUGAGUGGAUUUUGUACCCUUUUUUGAUGAUUCUGGCCUCUGAAAGGAUUCCAAACUUUUCUUUUGUCGAUGUUUUAGAAAACAGUCAGUUCAGCUCCUGCAGUAAAAACGUUAAUCUGAAGGCAGAUUUAAUCUGAGUUUGGUUUGUAAAACCACCUCACGGUUCUCUGAAGUCAUUUUCAUUUUUGUCAUUUUGAAGAAACUUCAAACAUCAGUGUUAAAAACCGGAGACGAACGUGUCAUAAAGUCCAGUUUUCUGUUCGUUUUGUAGGAUCAUGUUGUUUAAUAACUUCUGGUGAUUUAUGGUUAUCAUGUUUUUUUUUUUUUCUCUAAAUCCAACUCGUUUUUAUUUAUGGGCAGAUUAAAGUGGCAGAGGCUUCUCUCUAAAGGUCUAAAUGAAUAUUUUUCUUAGAGUGGGGGUAGCAGCUGUAACUGAGUGUAAACGUUUCAGAGCUGAGCGACUCAACAGGACUGAUGGUGUAAAUACGUCUCGCUGACCAGUGUUCCAGGGUAACGAUUAAUAAAAAGGUUCUGGUGAUUAAAUAAAAACACUAACUCCA